AUGAAUUCAUUUAGAACUGAAUUUGCAUUCAAUUAAGUUAGGGUUUGGCAUUUUUAAAUGACAGAAAAUAGUUAGAAGUAAAUCACAGAUUUUAAGGUAACUUAUAAAAUAAUUUGUUGUUAUAUUAGCAAUACCUAACUCAUUUAUAGAGCUUAAUAUGAAUAA